AUGGGAGGCUUUAUAAACAGGCCCAUUCAACCACUGCAGCAGAGUAAAGUGGACCAGGCUUUGGUUAAAAUGAUAGCCACUGAUUUUCAACCGUUCACAAUUGUUGAAGACAGGGGGUUCAGAGCAUACACAGCGGCACUGGACCCAUCAUAUGUGCUGCCAAGCAGAGGCACUAUAUCAAAGCGGAUGCUGCCCAACCUUUUCGAAAAGGUCAGAGCUGAACUCCAAGAGCAGAUUAGGACUGCUCCUGCUGUAUGUUUGACAACAGACUGCUGGACCUCCAACACAACAACAAGCUACAUGUCAGUGACAUGCCACUACAUCACUGACUUUAAACUCAGAUCCAAUUUACUGGACUGUUUUGUUGUCGCAGAGUCGCACACAUCCCAAAAUCUGGCGCAAGAGUUGAGCCGGGUUGCAAAAGAGUGGGGCAUUCAAGAUAAAAUUGCAGCCUGUGUCACUGACAAUGCAAGCAACAUUGUCAAGGCCGUGAAUGACAUUUUGAAGUGGAACCAUGUGAGAUGCUUUGCUCACUUGCUGAAUCUGACGGUCAGAUCUUCAGUUCACCAAACUGAAAUCCAGGCCUUAAUUCUGAAGGUCAAAUCUAUCGCAGAGUAUGUGCGCAGAAGCACAGUGGCCUCUGCAAAGCUUCGGGAAAUGCAACUACAAAUGGGGCAGGUCCAGUUGCGAAUGAAGCAGGAUGUAGCCACACGGUGGAAUUCAACCUACUUCAUGAUGCAGCGUGCCAUCGAAAUCAAGGAACCUCUUGUCUCCACAAUGGCACUGCUCAAUCCACUGCUACCAGCCUUAACUCCCGAGGAAUGGGAUAUCACAAAGGAGGUGUGUGAUAUUCUUAAGCCCUUUGAAGAGGUGAUUGUGGAGAUGAGCUCAGAGAGGUUUGUGACAGGCUCAAAAGCCAUUCUGAUGGCACGGGGGCUCCAGAGAAUUGUUGCCCACAGGCAGAGAAACCCCUCCACCCACGAACCUGUCAAAGGGAUGGUUAAUUUCCUUGCAGCAGAUUUGGAGAAAAGAUUUGGGCAAAUUGAAAGGGUCAGAGUGCUUGCUGAAGCUACACUUUUGGACCCUCGCUUCAAAAAGCAUGCCUUUGUGAUUGAAAGGAACGCAGAGGAAACUGUGUCAAGAGUGGAGCGAGUGACCACUCUGAGGCCAGGGGUCCAGAACCCGACCACUGGGGCCAUGCUGGAGAUCAAGGGAUUCUUGGCAGAGCCACUUAUCCCCCGAAAGGCUGACCCCCUGGAAUGGUGGAGAGUUCGAGCCCAGGUGUACCAAAAUAUAUGCACAGUCAUGAAGACCAGGCUCUGCAUUGUGGCCACAUCUGUCCCCUCAGAGCGUGUUUUCUCGAAAACUGGGCAGAUCAUUAGACAGGAGGAACAGGCUCAGCCCUUCAAAAGUGUGUGA